AUGCUAUCAGUACUAAGGAAGGCCAGGCUGAAGGACAAAGAGAUGAGAGUUCUGAUGCUAGGACUCGACAAUGCCGGAAAGACCACGAUCGUGAAGAGAAUUAUGGGCGAAGACAUCACUACGGUGAGCCCUACACUGGGUUUUAUCAUCAAGUCCAUCGACUUCGACGGGUAUAAGCUGAACAUAUGGGAUGUCGGCGGGCAAAAAACACUGCGGUCGUACUGGAGGAAUUACUUUGAGAAGACAGAUACGCUGAUAUGGAUUGUCGAUGCCACGGAUCGGUUUCGACUUGACGACUGUCGACGGGAGCUUGCUGGCCUUCUAGUCGAAGAGCGACUGAUGGGCGCGAGUCUCCUGGUCUUCCUAAACAAGACAGAUGUCGACGGCUGUAUGGCUGAAGAUGAAGUCCGAGAGGGACUACAACUCGACGCUAUCAAGACGCACAAGUGGACGAUCAUGCCGUGCAGCGCCGUGACGGGGCUGAAUCUCACCAAGGGCCUCUCGUGGGUUGUGCAGGACGCAAAGGACCGGUUGUUCCUUUACUGA